GGCCUUUCCCUCUGCAAAUGAGCAUUCUUUGCAAGCUACAUGGAAGUUCUGUGCUCCAGCUAUGACUGUGUGACACACAUAGGCCUGGAACAGUAGAGAAGGAUUUUAUAUGAUCUCAUUAUGCUCUUGCCCACCCCUCCACCACUGCCUCACUAUGUUUUUGGGUUUUGUUUGUUUAAGAUUAAUGGGAUAGAGGUACAGGACCGUGAAGAGGCUGUGGCUCUCCUAACCAGUGAAGAAAACAAGAACUUUUCCUUACUGAUUGCAAGGCCCGAACUCCAGCUGGACGAGGGCUGGAUGGAUGAUGACCGAAACGACUUUCUGGACCACCUGCACAUGGACAUGCUGGAGGAGCAGCACCACCAGGCCAUGCAGUUCACGGCCAGCGUGCUGCAGCAGGUGACGCCCCGCCCCCCCCCAUCUACCCCGGGCCAUGCA